AUGAAUUCGAUGUUCAGUGCAUUCGACGCCAUGUGUGCAGAGAUUAUGGGGAAGAAAUUUACGGCUGAUUCCUCCGUGUCUUAUGUCUGCAACCGCUCUAAACGCAAGAACUCUGCUCCUUCCGGCGCCGGCGGUCAGAUCGCGUCUUCGCUCAAGAAAGAUGAAAAAGCUGCCAAUUCAGCGACGAAACAACCGCGGUUUGCUUUAGAGCUCGAUGGGAUUCAUUGCUUUGAGACCAUUGUUCGUUCUUGAUUCAACCAAGAAAACAAGAUU